GCGGGCUCCUGGGGGGCUCCGGGCCGGUGUCCGGACAGGGGUCCGCCCCACCACCCCCACCUUGGGUGGCGCUGCGGAGACGGCGAAGGACUGGCGGUGUCGCCGCCGGCUCGGCUCAGACCCGCCUCGCUGCUGGGCGAGGGGCCGCCGCCACAGCUGGUGGACGGUUCCUGGUGAGGAGACUGCUGCGGAGCUAUCCCCACCCCCAGUCGCCUUCCCCUUUGCCCGGCCGGAGACCCCCAGCAGGCUGGGCGACAGAGGCAAGCGUGAACAGCAUCUGCAUUCCAGCUCUGUUGCCGUGAAGUCUCCUACAGCAUGUCUUGACAUGGUGGCUGUUUUCUGCCCUUUCUUAGAUGGGAGGAGCUAAGGGUACUCUGGCAAUCACUGUUGUUUCUAGUUUUCCUUAAUUGUCUGAUAGUCCAUAACUGGGACUGGUUGUGCCUGCUGCUUACAGUGGUGCUUCCUCCCUUGAUUCAUGAGCAACCCCAGCAGUGCGAACGAUUCAGGGUAGGUCAUGACAGACCUUUGCUGUCUGCUGUGGCUUCCUCUGGCUUUGUUGAGCUUUUAGACUCUUAGAGCACAGCUAUAGGCACAUGUGGAUCUUGAUGGUUAAGAGAAAAGGAAGACAAGCAACUCUGGAGCCCUUUGCAAAGCUUUCGCUACUGGGGAAGAAGCUCUGGAGACACUGAUGUCCAAGCUGCACUGCAGCACCCACACAACCUCAGCAAAGCAUUGUGUGUGCAAGUAUGUGGCGCUGGAGCUGAAAUCUGCUUUUGAGGAGACUGGCAAGACAAAGGAAGUAAUUGACACAAAGUAUGGCUUCCUGGAUGGGAAGGGCUCAGCUGUCAAGUACACGCAGUCGGACAUCCGGUUAAUUGAGGUCACGGAGAACAUCUGUAAGAGGCUUCUGGACUACAAUCUGCACAAGGAAAGGAGUGGCAGUAACAGAUUUGCAAAGGGUAUGUCAGAGACGUUUGAGACUCUGCACAACCUGGUGCACAAGGGUGUCAAAGUGGUGAUGGACAUCCCCUAUGAGCUGUGGAACGAGACAUCUGCAGAGGUGGCAGACCUCAAAAAGCAGUGCGAUGUGCUGGUGGAGGAGUAUGAAGAUGUGAUAGAGGACUGGUACAGGCACCACCAGCAGGAAGACCUCUCCCAGUUUCUCUGCGCUGACCAUGUGCUAAAAGGGAAAGAUGCAAGCUGCCUGGCAGAGAAGUGGACUGGCAAGAAGGGUGACCUGGCAAGUGUGGGGGAGAAACAGAGCAAGAAAAAGAGUGGGAAGAAGAAGAAGAAAGCCAGGAAGGAGCAGAGCGAGGGAGCCUACAGCCUCCCAGCCACGGGGGAGACCCCAGAGGAGAGUGGGAUUCAGGAGGAGGCUCCCCUCGCCCACAGCCCAGCUGACGAGCUGUAGGCACGCAGCACGGGGGCCCCACGCUCCAUGGCAUUUGGUCAUCUCAUGCAGCUGUGUCCUGCAAGUACUGAAGGAAAAGGGAUUUGAGUAGAGGUGUACCCGAUUCCUCUGAGGGACAGUGCUAGCUGUGGUGUAACUUGCAAGCCUUACUCUUGUCCUGGGGGCAGCUCUGUGGGGAGCAGGCAGAGGUCCCUGCACUGUGCCAUGGGCCCAGCCCUGCCAGGCUGGGGGAAAUGGCAGAACUUGGCUGCCUGAGCAUCUUCUGCUCCUGGGAACUCCCAGCUUGUCCCAGAGCCCUGUGCCCAGCUCUGGGUGAGGAUGUGAGCUCUGCCCAGAAGCCCUUCUCUUCCUCCUCCCUGUGCUGCCAGCACCCUGUGCAAGGAUUGUAAAUAAAGACAGUGGUGCAGGGGCUGUGAUUGCUCCCUGCACUUCCUAGGCAGGAGGGCACGCACCUUUGUGCUGCCGUGGUUGGUUUGUA